AUGUCUUCUUCACCCGAGGAAGAUCAAACCUCAACCUUUCGAAUAUUCACGAAAGCUGAGCGUAUUCAACAACUAAAUGACAUAGACAAGAGUAUAUUACAACUUGUUCAAACGGCCGGUCAAACACUUAAAAUUCUUACUACUUCACAAGAAUCAGAAGAAACACCAUCACCACCAGAAAAACGCCAUGCUUUCGAGAAUGCCUCAAACUCUUAUCUAAAAACUCUACAGUCUGUCGAUGUGCGAUUACGCCGACAAAUAUUGGGAUUGGAGGAAGCAGAUAUUAUACCUGCAGAAAAGAUCAAGUCUAAAAAUAAGGGCAAAGGUGCGGCAGAAGCUACGGAAGCAAGACGGCCAGCAGUCCCGGGAAAUAUGACGGGAAUUAAAGUAGAUGAUGUCGCCCAAGAAGGAGGGAUGGGGAAUCUUGAUAUUGGUUUCUUGAAUAGUCGAAGUGGAAGAGUUGGCAGAGAUAUGGAAGCCGAAUUGUGGGCAAAGAGUAGAAAAUUCCUCGAGGAUCUGGAUAAGGGUAAUUACGAUGGACAACCAAUAUCUCAAAGAAAGGGGAUCAAGAAAGAAGAACUGUAG